CUGGCUGCUGCCUGUCCACACUUACCCACCCCUGCCAUGGCGAAGGAAGCGUCAGCUCCGCCGUCCACCCUGAAAGGCGGGCGCCCUCCAGCAGGCCUGGAUCCUGCAGUCUAGUCUGCACAAGUGGAUACCUGUACCUAUGCAGCACCUCAGUGAUUUCAGUGGAGCACAUUGUGGGGACAAGAAUCCAUCUGUGACCUUCAGAUUUCAGGAUUGAGGCAUUGGAUUGCAAACUUUCUAUGACAGGCAAUGCAUUCCACUCCUUGUUUGAAGGUCAAAUCUGGAGGUAGGAGAGUUUCCAAAAAGCAAGAAAAUGGAGCUGUUGAGAAAAAUUCCAAGAACUCUGGAAAAGAGAAGACAAGCUCAAUUGUUAGUGUUACAAAAAUGCAAAAUAUGGGUAUCUUACUAGCUGAUGCACUGGAGAAAAUCAGCCUCAAAUUUCCUGCAGCAGCAGCACAGAUGGCCUAUCAAAAGCCACGACCAGCCCUGGAGAAGAGUAUAUGGUCCAAGAGAAUUUACAUUAUCCAACAACCUCGGAAAUGUUAAGCUAUAAAGCAAAAUAGUCAUGUCUGCUUGACAGUGAGCUAGUUUAACCACAAUCUGCUAUUAAAUCCUGUUUGCAAAAGGACAAAAACAUAGGGAAAUAGUUUGCUGGCUGAACUGUAUUGUAUUUUUCUUUCAUUUCUGGCAAUAAAACACUUCAUAAGUAUA